UACUCAUUCUGUACAGGUACAGCGGAAGCCAACCUACUGAGGUGCUCCGCUCCUGCUAUUCUUCAGUGUGUGCGUGCGCACCCUUCGUGCCAGAUCAUCAGAUCGGUUUAUUGCAAGCAACAUUAUCGUGCCUCUUGCAGCAGCUGCGGUUGCAUCAAAGGCUUUGCCUCAUUGGGAAUUACAGGAAUAGACUGACGUGCACCAUCUUAUCGUCAGAUGUUUUUGACGAUCGGCUGCAAGCAAACGGUUCGUCGGGUGCGCUCGUGAGGGGAAAUGAUGCAUUAAGGACGGGCUGCUUUAAGGUCUUAUCUUUCGAGCUCCAUCGCAUCCAUCUCGAUCAGGAGAGUUGUACAUAUUUGAGCAGCAAAACAAUAAUGGCUACUCUUUUGCGAAAAAUCGGGCUAAUUCGUCUGCACGACCGAGACACGGAGGACCCGAAGCAUCACCACCAGGGCUCAUUGAAAGGGACUAAAGGGAACCAGAAAAAUAACAUCACGAAGCACUGCAACACCAGCAACGAGACCAACAACAUCCUUAGUACGCCAGAAAUCAAAGCCAAGCGCUUCGACGUGUCCGGGAAGGACAAGCCAGUCGUCAAACAGGACAAACCGAGCAAGGACACGAAGGAGAAACAGCAAACGGGGGGUAGCAAAUCGACGAGCGCGUCAGUGGUGCCUCCGCUGGCGGCGACCCGACUGCACUGCACCCAGGUGCGGACGCGGAGACUGAUGAAGGAGCUGCAGGACAUCCGGCGGCUCGGCGAUAACUUUAUUACGGUGGAGCUGGCGGACGAUAACCUGUUUGACUGGAACGUCAAGCUGCACCAGGUGGACAAGGACUCCGCGCUGUGGCAGGACAUGAAGGAGACCAACACCGAGUUCAUACUGCUGAACGUCACCUUCCCCGACAAUUUCCCCUUCUCUCCGCCGUUCAUGCGCGUGCUCACGCCGCGGCUGGAGAACGGAUACGUGCUGGACGGCGGCGCGAUCUGCAUGGAGUUAUUAACGCCCCGCGGCUGGUCGAGCGCGUAUACCGUCGAGGCCGUGAUGAGGCAGUUCGCUGCCAGUCUGGUGAAAGGACAGGGUCGCAUCUGCAGGAAAGCAGGCAAGUCAAAGAAGGCCUUUAGUCGCAAGGAAGCCGAGGCUACCUUCAAGAGUCUUGUGAAGACCCAUGAGAAGUACGGCUGGGUUUCCCCUCCCGUGUCUGAUGGCUGACGUCAGUGUCUUCGACCUAGUGAUCCUGACAUAGCUUUUUCAGUUGGGUUUUUCUUUGUUCUUCAUCAUCAAACUUAACUAUGAAAAAAGGCUUCUGCAUCAAAUUUGACAAAUCUUCAUCAAUGUGGCACUUUCACUAUCCCAUCCACUCAAUCCUGUUUCACUCUUCAUCGAGGUGCCAUGGACUGGACACUGACUGUGACAUUACAAUUACUCAUGAGUGGGCAUCAUUACAGCUACAUACAGCAAAGGACUUUGGAUAUGAAUGAGGCUCUAAACUUAGUUAAAUGUGAACCAACAAACCACAACCUUACUGUAUUUCCCUUUCUAUCUGUCUGUGUGCCCCUCCAUCACUCUCUUUCUUUUUAUUGGCUGACAAUGCAUUGCACUGAACAGCAUCAGACUUGCCCCAUUUACAUGCAAAUGACUUUGUUAAUACUUAAUAGAUAGGCAGAUCAUUACACUACAUUUGAGGUAAAUUUUUUCUUGUUUCCUCCUCAUUGGCUGUGCUGUUUUUCACGGUUGGAUGCAAAAUGAUGAUUGUAAUUUAUGUAGAGCUGCUCUAUUCAUUCUCUCUCUCUUUCUCUCUAUUCCACUUUGUGCGUGGCAAAAUUUAGACAUCACUGUGUUGCGUAAAUGGUCAUUGAUUUCAAAUGGAGAAAAUAUACUCUUGUUGCUUACACAGAGGCCUAGUAAUAAUAAUUAAAAAAAGUAUUUAAAAAAAAUGUCUUACCUCUGUAGGUCAUUAUAUCAUUUUUUUUUUUUUUUGGAGAAUACCAAAAUCCCUUAAAGAAAUUGUUAACCCAAAAAUGAAAAUUUCAUUAUAACUUACUAACCAUCAUGUAUUUUGAAACCCAGAUGGCUUUCUUUUUUCUGUGCAACACAGAAUGUGUUAUUUAUAGCUGAAUGCCCAAGACGCUGUUUUCCAUACAAUGAAAGUGAAUGGUGACAAUGGCUGUCAAGCUAGAUUUUCAGUGAAUAAUAACUUGAAUUUCAGUCUGUUCCUCACACAAAUCUAUUGUAUGUUUUCAGAUGACUUGUAAUAUAUUGCAUGACUUAUAUGGACUAUUUUUAUGAUGCUUUUAUGGUGCUUUCUUUUUGGAGCUCGGCAACCCCUAGUCACCAUUCAUUUUCAUUGAAUGGAAAAGAGCAGCUUGGACAUUCUCUUAAACUUCUCUUUAGGUGUUCCACAGAAGAAUUAAAGUUUGUAAAGACGUGAGGGUGUAUAAAUGACAGAAGUUAAUUUUUUUGGUGAACUAUCCCUUUAAUUGUGAUGAUUUAGAUAACCAGAUGGCAUUAACAAAUGUCAAUGUCCCAAUGGGAUUGUUGCAUAUUGGUGAACGAGAGGCAUGUGUAGCAUGUGACAGACAUGGUGAUGUUUGCACAUGUGGUUUAUGUGAGAUCUUGGGUAUCCAUCAUGGCAUCUGUCCCCAUGGAGUCCUAUAUAUCAGAACAAAGCCGAGAAAUGAGUAGACUGACCCCAUGUUAACGCAACAUAAGUAUAGUAACUUGUAACUUGGCACUGUUACAUGCAGAUGCCCCAAAAACGAUCAACAUUAAUUGUGCUGAUUUUCUUGUGCUAUUUUGACUCACAGUGGUACACUGUGUACUUGGUAUCACUGCUGUCAAUAAGAGCCAGUGAAGAAGGACAGAAGAAGGGAGAGAGGGAGAUGCUGAGUGGGCGACUCCUUUGUUCAGUAGCCUUGUGGAUGAGGGGGGCUUGUUUAGUUGACUGAUUGAUGCUCUGAAAGAGCCACAGCUCGAUGCCUUGAUGUUUAUUGACUUCUUCAAAUGUCAGUGGGAAGCCAGAAUGUCACAAGACUCCAUCUGAAGCGAGCAUCGAAAUGCUCUGUUUAUUUAAGGCCCCACCCUACCAACGGCACUCUCCGCACAGUGUCUGAAAUACAGUGUCUGAAAUACUAAUGACGUGUUGGUUUAAAAGGGAAGAUCGUUUCUGUGUUGUAAACAAAAUGUGUGCAUAUUGCGUGUAUAUAUUACUCACCCUUAUGUCGUUCCCAGCCCAUUUGACAAAUGUCUUUUUUUUUUCAGUAGAUCACAAAAGAAUAAAUGUUGAUGAAUGUAUUGGCCAUUUUUUUUUUUUUCGAUAAUGAAGGUGAAUGGUGGCUGGGGUUGUCAAGCUUCAGUCUUACAAAAAAACUCCUUAGAAGUAUCACAAAUGUAGUCCAUAUGACUUGUGCACUGUAUUCCAAGUGUUCUGACUCCAUACCAUUGUUUUGUUUGAGGAAAAAACCUUAAAGGAAAUUUCUGGGUUCAAUUCAAGUUAAGCUCAAUUGACAGCAUUUGUCACAAAAAAGAAUUUUUUGACUCAUCCCUCCUUAAAAACAAAAAUCUGGGUUACAUUGAGGCACUUUCAGUACAAUGUUCCAAUUUUUGGAGGGUGUAAAGGCAGGCAUGUGAAUAACUUUAUUAAAAGCAGCAUUAAUUCUUCUGUUAAACCUCAGAAUCAGGGCUGGACUGGUAAUCUGACAUACCGGGUAUUUUACCGGUGGGCCGACGCACUUUGGGGCCGAUCAGGGGAGGACUGGCCAUCGGGAGAAACGAGGGUUCAGGUGGGUUGGCCGCGAAAUGUGCCGAAUGGGCUGCGAUAAGCUAAACUGAGCCACCGUGUUAUGCAGAACGGACCACAAAAUGGCACCACGAUAUGCAGAAAAGUAAAAACAAUUCUUGUAUUGAGCCCAGAAUAGUUAUUUAAUUUAGGUCAUUAUUCAUUGAAAAUCAUGAUCUCUGAUGUCAGAGGCCAUUAAAAUAUGGCUUCUUAGAUGCAGCAAGUAAGGUUUAAUGUCAAAGGCAUUGUGAAUAAUGCAAGUCAUGUGACCAAUUAUAACACAGCUUGAAUAUGAAUAUGCAGAAUUGUUGUCUUAGCUAUCGUAUGGCUUCAGAAGAAUUGGAGUAAUGCGCAUGAGUCGUAAGGACAACUUUAUAAGAAACUUUGAUGGUGCUUUUUAUCAUUUUGGAGCUUGACAGCCUAGAUUCACUAUUUAAUUUCAUUAUACGGAAAAGAGCGAUCAGCAACAUUUAUUUUUUUGUGUUCUACUAAAGAAAGAAAGCCAUUUGGGUUUGAACAACAUCAGGGUGAUUAAAUAAUGAAACCAUUUUCAUUUCUGGGUGAACUAUUCCUUUAAAGUUAGACUUUGAAGUUGGGAAAAACACACAUUUGCUUGUUAUAAUAUGCUGAUACAUGUGAUAUACUGAAAAUAGUCUUCUCCAGACAUGGAAACAGCAUGUGCCAAAAGUUUAAUGUACGUUGUCACAAUUUCCUUUUGUGUUUUCCUUUGUGUAACUGCUGCAGUCUCUGUAGAAACCCUCUGUUAUCACUGAAGAUUUCAAAUGUCUCAUGAGAAGCUGCUGAUUAAUAUGGCAUUUGAACAAACUUAAGGAAGAUACAGAUGUAUAAAUGAUAAAACACAACAACUGCUGAUGCCCUGAAGGAGGAUGGAGGGAAACAACACUGAGGUUAAUCCGUUAUCAAUGUAUUAUUUAUUUAUAUCUAGUAGCUAUUUGUGUUUAUAAUAUUAAGGUUAUCCAACAAAAUGAAUGGUUGUUAAGUAAAAAAAAUUAAAAAUACACAUUAAUCACCAGAGAACUUAUACUUCGAACAUAAAUAAUGUUCGAUUCAAUGCAGCGAUUGUAAAAAAAAACAAAAACAUGCAUAAACCCUUAUGGGUGGUUUAUUGCGGAUUUCUGUGUCUGGUUGCAGAUGGUGUCUCUCAUCAAUACUGAAGUGCAUUUGGUCUUCUCCACACUCUGUUUGGACAUUGAGAAGUGGUUCUGUGUUUUCCUACUUAGCACAAGGAGAUACUAUACCAAGGACUUAUUAUAACCAGUCAAAAAUGUCUCAAAAUUGGAUGUUUUGCGGUUUAAAGAGCAUACUUUUGUGAUAGAGUUUAGAUCUGUAGUUUGCAGAAACUAACAGAGUUAAUCGUCCAAACGAGUGAGAUGAUUCUGUUGUAUUAUAUCUGCAUGUGGUCUGUGAUUGUUACCUAGCUAACUUGUUUUCCACAAAAAAGCAAGAAAUAUAUGAAAAAGAACAGCAGACGCUUCUUUGUAUUUUUUCUUUCUGUUUGUCCUGGUUUUCUUCAUUAAUGUCCUUAAAUGUGUCCUUAAAUUGUGUUCUUUGAAUGUGUUUUAAUUUAUUCGUAGUUUGCCAAAAUGACGAUUUUGAAGCAUGUUGCAGGCAUUGUCACUGAUGAAAAAAAAGAGAAAGCAAAAUAAAUGGAGAAAAAAUAUAUAUAAAAUAUGUACCUGAAUUGAAAGGAGUCUGGUAUAUGUAGUGAACUCAGGCAUUCACAGGGUGAAAGGUAAAACUACGAGACAAUGUGUUUUCUGCCUAAACAUAAUGCCAGGAUGUGGUCCAGAGCAAAACCAAACAGGAAUGUGCAAUAAAGGCUGUAGGCUGAUUCCA